AUGACUCAAACUAUACCCCGACAUGUAAGUCCUUAUGCUCAUGCUCCCAAGAUUUUUGGAUUAAAAUUUAAGAUUGCCUCGAGAGUUUUGUUAGUAUUCGAAUCGAUUCUUGGCAAAUUAAUGUUGGUCUUAUCGAUUUGUUCGAUAAUCUACUCCCCAUCAUGGUAUCCCGUAUUCGUCAAUUUCGCCUUUUUGUUUUUUGUCGUAUUCUCCAUUAUCACAUAUAACAUGUGUCUCUCAAAGCAAUCACCUAUUUAUUCUUAUCCAAUGCUUUCCUAUCAACUAGUAACAAUUUUCUGGUUGCUGAUUUGGCUGUAUGCAGCUUUGAGCGCAGUGGCUAGUGGUGUUAUGUGGUCCCUGGAAUCUUUGGGAGGACCUUCAACAAGUCGGACUCGUACUUCCCAUGACAUCAAAUCUCCAAAUUACGCGAACCCUAAUGAGACUCAUCCGGAAACAGCAAGAGCAAUAAAAUAUGGCUCCAUUAUUGCUGCAGUUUGUGUUCUUCUAAUUUGUCUGAAAAUGCUGGCAUUCAUCGUGGCUCGGAGGACAUAUUUUCAAACAUUGAAAAUGCAAUAUGAAUAUAUUGAGCAGUCUGUGAAGGACAAUACAUUUGAUGGUACGGAAAGCGAAAUUUCAAACAUAGGUGGAACUUCUCCAUCCUAUCCAGUUGCAUAUAAGAAUCGGCCACCGAAACCAAAAAGAAUGGAGAUUCUGGAAGAAGUUCAAGUCGAGGAGUAUACUCCGGAACCUUCUCCAGCGCCAAGAAGAAUAUUCAAGUCUGCAGUUCAUCAGUCAGAUGCAAGCCUGUCGGCUAAGGGAAAUUCGUUGUCAAGAUAUGAGGAAUCUGCUUUUUGA